AUGACAGAUGGGAAGAGGAAACAGUCGGGUGGCGGUGGUGGCCAUCCCGCUAAGAGAAGCAAGGGUGGGCAAGGCUCCGGCAAAUGGCAGACGCCGCAACACAAGGCGAAGGUCGCCAGUCUUCAGGACAAGGGCGUCGCCCUCGGGGUUGGCGACAAGGGUAUCUGGGUCACAUUUGCCAGAGGCAUGGACGGAAAGUCCAUUAGCGAAUUCAGCAUACUAUGUGACGAGUACGCAAAGAUACUCUACGGCAUCGUUCCCCCCGGGGAAGAAGUUGAAUCAGACGAGGAAGACGAGGACAUUGAAGCGUCCAUAAAGAAGGAGCUCGAUGGUAUCAGCGAAGUCAACAAGGGCAAGACCAAGCGUAUGUUCAAGGCCAUCAAGGCUGGGAUCGAGUGUGUCUUCUUCAUGAAGACAAGGGAUCCCAUCGACCCCGUGGAGCUCUGCCGUAAGAUGUGCAUAGACGCCAGCGUCUGCACUGAUCUCAAGGAGAGGAAGACAAAGUAUAUCAACCGGCUGACGCCGGUCACCUCUAUGGAUAAGGCAUCUGAGAACGGCGUGGUGCGAGUCGCUAGAAAGGCUCUGGCCGCGCAUUUCGAUCUCGUAGAUGAGACAGCUCAGGCUGCAGAAGGCGACGCAGAGAAGGUCGAAGGAGAGAGUGAUGCUCGGACUGAGAAGCCGGCCUGCACAUAUGCCAUCAGACCUUCCAUACGCAGCAACAACUCACUUGAUCGCGACACGCUCAUUAAGCAAAUCGCCAGCGUCGUCAGCCCGCGGCACAAAGUCGAUCUCACUAAUGCCGACAAAGUCAUACUUGUCGAUGUUUUCCAGAGUUUCUGCGGUAUGAGUGUUAUUGAGCGCAGUGACUGGGAGGAUUUAAAGAAGCUCAACGUCAACGAACUGUACAAGGCGUCUCCUGGAGCACAGGCAAAUCGCCCGGCACCAAAGGAAGGUGAAAAUAAGGCAGCAUGA